AUGGCAGAGGUAGGGUAUGGUUAUAGCAGAACUGAAACAAUCAACCUUGCAACUGACUUUGCUAUUCAUCUUGGCAUUCGUGACAAAGAUCACCAUUUAACAGACCGUUGGCUCUAUAACUUUCUUGGGCGCUGGCCAGAACUAAAAGUGAAAGUUCCCAGAAGUCUUGAGAUAUCCAGAGCAAAAUGUGCAACCCGUCAAGCUAUUGACAAAUAUUUUAUUGAGCUUGGUUAUAUAAUGACCAAAUACAACCUUCAUGACAAACCCCAUCUGAUAUACAACAUAGAUGAGAAGGGUUUGAAUACUGAUCACAAGCCUCCAAAAGUAGUUGCAGGAACAUUCAAUAAAGCUCAAGCCAUAACAUCAGGCAAGUCCAAAACUGUAACACUUAUUGGUUGCUGUAAUGGUAUAGGACAACAAGUUCCACCCUAUUUUGUGUUCCCUGGUGAAAGAAUGCUGGCAAAACUUCUUGAUGGGUCUUCUGCAGGUGCUGAUGGUACUGUUUCUACCUCUGGAUGGUCUAAUUCAGAAGUUUUUUCAGAUUACAUGAAAAAACAUUUGUCAAAAUACUUACCAGUAAGGGACACAGACACAUAUAUACUUGUUCUUUAUGAUGGGCACAAAAGUCAUGUUUCCCUCAGUUUGAUAGAGUGGGCUAAGUUGAAUAAAAUUGUUCUUUUUGUAUUACCACCCAACUGCAGUCACCUUCUCCAGCCCCUUGAUGCAGGAUGCUUUGGUCCAUUUCAAAUGGCAUGGAAUUCUACAUGUCACCAACAUAUGAGAGAGUCAAGCGGCCGAAUUAUCACAAGAUUUGAUGUUUGUCAUCUUGCUUGUAAGAUAUAUGCAAAAACAUUAACGCCCAGCAAUAUACAGUCUUCAUUCAGAAGGUGUGGAAUAUACCCUUUUGAUCCAACAGUUAUUAAUGACAGUAUAGUUGCUCCUUCAACAACAUUUGACCACUCAUCAGAGAAAAAUUCUCUUAUACAGCUAAAUGAUGCUAAUUCAAAACAAAAUCAAUCUGCUGAAGAUUUCUUACAGGAAAGAGGAGGCAAAGUACUGCAGAAUGUCCAAACAGCCAAGAUAAGGAAUACACUUAGUAAAGUAGUUGGAGGAAAGGCCAUUACUGAGGAUACAGUGACUGAAAAAAUAAAAGAACAUAUCAAUAAACAAGCUAACAAUAAUGCAACCCCUAAAGCCUCUAAAAGAAAAAGCAUGCCACAACCAAGCACUUCUUAUGCAAUAAAUGAUUCACAUUCAAAAAAGAAUAAAAGGUGUGUUCAACAAGAAUCAUCUGAAUCUGAGAAUUCUGAUAUUGAUGAAUCCGAAAAAUGCAUCAUUUGCAAACAAUAUCAGCCAGAAAAUUUAGACAUGUACCCACAUCUUAUAAUUGUAAAGCGGGGAAGAUGUGAUAGUUGUGAUGGCUGGGUGCACUUAUCAUUUUGCACCCCAAUAAGGGUACUUAGAAGAGGUGACAGUUUCUACUGCCCUCUUUGCACACAUGAGCAGUAA